AUGGAAAAUAAGAACUCAAAAAAUUAUGUUCAAUGUGAACUAUCUCUUGAGGUGGAAAACAAUCUGGACCCUACAACUUAUUUUACUCUUUUUGGAUCUUGAGACAGUCCAAGCUUGCCCUUUGAUAACAUCACAGAAGAAGAUCUUGAAAAUCCUCUUGAUGAAAUACUACCUGCUAAAUUUUCUCCAACCAGGAACCUGGAGAAAAAUUUUAAACAGCAAGAAGACUUUUGUAUUUUGCCUCAAAUUAGAGAAAUGGCUCAAUACCAAGAAGGUGUUUAUCAAGAGUAUUUAAUUAAUGAAGAUAAUAGUACUCCCUUUAACUUCAAUCUCAACCCCAAACCCAAGGUCCAUUCACCUUCUUUUAAAGAUCUUAUUCAAGAAAAAUCUACUAAGAAUACAACAUUAAGACUAAAGAUUCUCUUGAAAUCUUCAAAAGAGAAAGACAUAAAAGCCAAGAGAUGGGGCAAGGAUGAAGAUAUUGCUCUAUUUAAAGCCUUCAGAGAAUGUGAAGAACAAGGACUCAUUACUUUGUCUUCUAUUUGUCAACUUAAGUCUGCUGCUCAGUUAAAGUCUCAUCAAGGUCUCCAAAUAAUAAAAAAUAAACUGGGGUGCAGACAAAGUUCUCGCUUCAUAGCCAACAGACUCAGUCUGAAACUCACAGAUACGUUCUCUAUUAGAGAGACCAAGCUGUUGAAGAGACUGCUUAAAAAUUAUAACUAUGAGAAUGUCAAAUACUCUGAAAUCAUCGGAAAAUUUUCAGGAAAGACUCUUCAAGGCUUCAAGAACUACUGCGACACACUUUGCAGCAAAAAGAAAGUCAAACAGCUGACUCAGCUCAACAGAUCUGACUAAGGUCGCUGAAUCAACAAACAUUUCACUC